AUUUACGGAAUUGGGCCUGCCAUCUCAAUCAGGCCUCAACGAAGAGCUAAUCGAGUUGCAGAAGGACCUGGAAAAACUCGAAUCUCUAGUGGUAUUUUGCCACAACGACCUGCUGUUGGGCAACGUGAUUUUCACAAAAGAGGAGAACGACGUCACUUUUAUCGACUACGAGUAUGCCGCCUUCAACUACCAGCCUUUUGAUAUCGCCAAUCACUUCACGGAGUUUGUCGGACUCGACUUGGAAAACAUGGACUAUUCGGCGGAUUUUCCGAGCGAAGAAUUCCAAAAGAACUGGAUACGCGUUUACUUGGCAGAGUUCAAUGAGCGAACAGCCAUCAGCGAAGCUGAGGUGGAAAAAGUGUACAGAAAUGUGCAAAAGUUUGUCCUGGUUUCCCAUCUGUUUUGGGGCAUUUGGGCUUUAAUACAAGCUGAACAUUCCAGUAUUGAAUUCGACUAUUUACUCUUUGCCAAGAUUCGUUUAGACGAGUACUUUGCCAGGAAAAAGGACUUGCUUAAAGGGAAAACUCAACCGGAAGCCACAGCUUCUUAAAGCCCUACAGAACCUAUCCGUAGAUUAGCUCAACAAACCCCCUUUUUAAUUGUUAAAUAUCGCCCUUCGUUCGACCAAACUGUUAUGCAUGUUGUUAUAUUCCAUUUUAA